AUUGACAUUUUGAAAUGGAAGGUGACAGUCGCGAUCUACUUCAAAAAUGUGUUAGUAUGAAAAAUGUCAGUUUGGUGAGUGGUUGUGCAUUUUUUUAAAAAGUGAAUAAAUAUUCAAAGAAUAAUGGACCAUUCACAACAUACUUUACACGAAGGUCAUGAAACCAUGAAUCACGACCAUAUGCAUAUGGACCAUACGAAACAUAUGCACGGCGACGUCGGACAUAGUAUGAUGCAGAUGUAUUUUUAUUUUUCUUCGUCUGCCACCGUACUAUUUUCCGAUUGGAAAUUUACUACGACCGGAGGUCUGAUUGGGUCUAUGAUAGGAAUAUUUAUAAUGGCGGCUUUAUACGAGGGACUCAAAUAUUUUAGAGAAUAUCUAUUUUGGAAAACGUACAAUUCGUUACAAUAUAGAGCGGUUGCGAUUCCAGAAAAGAACCAAUCACACGAAGAACCCCAAAUAGUGCAUCCUUCGAUGUUGAGCAAGAUGCAUUUCCUGCAGACGUUCCUGCACAUGGUCCAAAUGGUCAUAUCUUAUUUUCUGAUGCUGAUAUUCAUGACGUACAACACGUGGUUGUGCAUAUCGGUGGUAUUCGGUGCGGGCGUCGGCUAUUUUCUGUUCGGUUGGAAGAAAUCGGUCGUCGUCGAUGUAACGGAACAUUGUCACUGAUAUAGGAAAUUUAAAUACGCAGUAUCUUUUAGGGCUUUAAAAUGAUGACAAAAAAGAAAUAAUCAAACAAAAAAAAAUAAUAACGCGUAAACUAGUGUGAUAAGAUAAAACUUGUAUUUAAAAAUAAAAACGAGAAAAGUCUGCAGUCAAACGAGAUUUACGAUAUUCAAUAUGGCGGUGUUUGGGGUAAAUGGCGCGAAAAAGAUGAUACGAGGGUGAUGUCGAAUGUUGUUGAUUAUUUUUCUAUUAAGUUCGUGGUGAUUGUAUCAAUGUUUUUAUUUUUAAUUCUAAAUGGUCAUUUUAGAUAAUUUCAAAGCGAUUUUGUAGAUUUUUUUCGUUUUUAUCUUAUAUAAUAAUUUUGGGAAAAAAAUAUCGAUAAAAAAAUCUCUUUUUUGAAUUCCUUUUAUUCAUUUCGUCGUUUCCUCGAUUCUAAACGGUAUAAAGAGAGAUAAAAGAUGGUUAUAUACAGGGGGAACACAAAAUUUAAUGAAAACUACUGGAAGGAAAUGGAAAAUAUAGUUAGAGGGGAGUAGAAGUGUUGGAAAUUGAAAAUACGGGGGGUGAUUGAUAAACAAAAAGAUUCGAUGGAUAUUAAAAGCGAAAAAACGAAAUCGAGACAACGAGGGGUGAGUGAAAAGUUGGAAUGAGUUCAAAAUAGAAAAAAAAUGGUGGAAAGGUGAAGAAAAAGGAAAAUUGUCAUGGAAAAGUAAAAGAAAAUGAUCGUUUGAUGAAGUUUAAUGGUCAGAGGGGAGUAGAAGUGUUGGAAAUUGAAAAUACGGGGGGUGAUUGAUAAACAAGAAGAUUCGGUGGAUAUUCAAAGCGAAAAAACGAAAUCGAGACAACGAGGGGUGAGUGAAAAGUUGGAAUGAGUUCAAAAUAGAAAAAAAAUGGUGGAAAGGUGAAGAAAAAGGAAAAUUGUCAUGGAAAAGUAAAAGAAAAUGAUCGUUUGAUGAAGUUUGGUGGUCAGAGGGGAGUAGAAGUAUUGGAAAUUGAAAAUACGGGGGGUGAUUGAUAAACGAAAAGAUUCGGUGGAUAUUCAAAGCGAAAAAACGAAAUCGAGACAACGAGGGGUGAGUGAAAAGUUGGAAUGAGUUCAAAAUAGAAAAAAAAUGGUGGAAAGGUGAAGAAAAAGGAAAAUUGUCAUGGAAAAGUAAAAGAAAAUGAUCGUUUGAUGAAGUUUAAUGGUCAGAGGGGAGUAGAAGUGUUGGAAAUUGAAAAUACGGGGGGUGAUUGAUAAACAAGAAGAUUCGGUGGAUAUUCAAAGCGAAAAAACGAAAUCGAGACAACGAGGGGUGAGUGAAAAGUUGGAAUGAGUUCAAAAUAGAAAAAAAAUGGUGGAAAGGUGAAGAAAAAGGAAAAUUGUCAUGGAAAAGUAAAAGAAAAUGAUCGUUUGAUGAAGUUUAAUGGUCAGAGGGGAGUAGAAGUGUUGGAAAUUGAAAAUACGGGGGGUGAUUGAUAAACAAAAAGAUUCGGUGGAUAUUCAAAGCGAAAAAACGAAAUCGAGACAACGAGGGGUGAGUGAAAAGUUGGAAUGAGUUCAAAAUAGAAAAAAAAUGGUGGAAAGGUGAAGAAAGAGGAAAAUUGUCGUGAAAAAGUAACAGAAAAUGAUCGUUUGAUGAAGUUUGGUGGUCAGAGGGGAGUAGAAGUGUUGGAAAUUGAAAAUACGGGGGGUGAUUGAUAAACGAAAAGAUUCGGUGGAUAUUCAAAGCGAAAAAACGAAAUCGAGACAACGAGGGGUGAGUGGGGGUGAGUGAAAAGUUGGAAUGAGUUUAAAGUGGAAGAAAAAGAAAAGAAGAACGCCAGAAAGAAAGGGACAAAAGAUAGAAUGACAGAAGAAAGAGAUAAAAGGCAGAAAAAAAGAGGGCAAAGUGAAGAAUGAGAGUAAAAGGAAGAGAGAGGAGGGCAAAAAAGGGGGGAGUGACAGAAGGAAGGGAGUAAAAGACAGAAAGAAGGGGGCGAAAAGGGAGAAUGACGGAAGAAAGAGGGUAAAAGGCAGGAAGAAGAGGGCAAAAAGGGAGAAUGACAGAAGGAAGGGAGUAAAAGGCAGAAAUUAACAAAAUAGAAGAAUGAUUGGAAAAAUUGGUAAUUAGAUGGAGGAGUAAAUGGGGUUCGAUUGGAAAUGAACCUUGUGGGGAGGAUGAGACUAGAGAUAGGGACUGACGAAUUGGAAAAGAGGGUGCAAAGAAAAGAUAAAUAAGUAAAAAUUUGGUAAAAUAUGUAUACAGCUCAAAUUUGUUUAGGAAAAAAAAGUUUUGCACUAAAAACUUUUCUUUUCUCAAUUUUUUUCUUAUGCCCGACGUUUUUUAUUAUCGACAUUAUUUAAAGACUUUUCUUAGUUUCGUUCCAACAGUUUUUAAUGUGCGUAUACAGGGCGUUCCGAGUGCGAGGUAAAUAAAAAAAAAUUGACAAUUAGUUUAGUCGCAUUCGGAUCACCCCGUAUAUUAAAAUUAAUUUUUAUGUUAAAAAUGUAUCGAGUAUUAUUAUUAUUAAAUAUCUUUUUAUUAAAAA